AUGCACAGAGCCUCUUCACCGUAUGAUGUACCCGACAGCUUUCAAGAAUUGCCAUGGGACAUCGAGACUCCACAUGGAUCCACCACAGAAACCGUAAAUCCUCCAUCCUGGAUGUCAGCCUCCAAUCUCUGUGAACACCUAGCCCCAGUAGCUGAUGCUCGAGGCUCUGAAGGGAAAACUUGUGCAUCAUCACCAAUGCCCUCCAUUACCUCCUCAUUCCUACAUCGCAUAAAAAUGACAGCUGAACAAAUGGACUGGGAACUAAAGGAACAAAAUGCCCAGUACCUCAAGGACAACAAUCUCCAGGACGAUAAGGAAUGGAAGUACAAGCCGUACAUUGAUGAACCUAUAUACUCCUGUGGGCGGAAACACAAAACCUAA